AUGGAUGACAUUGCCUCCAAGGCCCUGUCAGCAAACUCUUCCGGCCACAACGCCGCCGUCGUGCUCGCCACGCCAGAAUUCGCCAAGCACUUCGAGGACAUCGACUUCAUGGGCUGCAUGGCCUCCCUCCUCGCCGGCCACAGCCGCCCGAAGCAGUUUUACCUCCUGGGCGCCAUCGUGGACGGCAUCGCGCCGCAGCUCGGCCGGUCCUACCACCACGCCUCCUCACCCGGCAUCUCCGUCCUGCGCGGCCACCUCGACCACAUGCUGCCGGACCUGUGGCGGCAUCCCUCGCAGUUGCAGCCGCCGCGGUCGCGGGAGGACAAGGACGCGGUGUCCGCGCUGUCGUUCUCGCUGGGCGCGUCGCGCCUGACGCUGCCUCUGGCGCGGACCACCUUCCAGAACAGCAGGCCCUCGACGUUCCUUUCCGCGGGAUUUGACCUCCACGAAAACGGCACGGAGAUGGGCUGGCCGCUGGAGCAGCGGUACGCGGAGGAGGUGGUCGUCUCGGACAGCGGCGAGCUGCCGCGGCGGAUCGGCGACCUGGGGCUGUGGGCGCCGCUGGUGCCGGUGACGCCGCCGCGGCUGGUGGCGGCCAGCUUCGGCAACAUCGUCCGCGGCGUCGAGGUCGACGGCCACGCGAUCCCGGCAUCGACCGAGCUCGAGGACGCCGUGAACGCGUUCUACGGCAAGCGCGGCAACAGCGCGAUCAACACGGGGCCGGCGGGCAUCUGGGCGCUGGUCACGCCCAAGAGCGACGCGGCGGACGCGGCGACGUCUUGGCUCAACGGCAGCCCGACGCCGCUGUCGGUCGACACGAGCGAGUCCAGCAUGCAGGAGCUGGCCACCAAGACGGCAAAGUACCUCCACAGCUCACACCAGCGCGGCGCAAAACUACUUCAAGUUUUGAGCGGCGGCGGCGGCUGGGGUGCCAAGAAAGGCCUGCUGUCCCUGGACCCCCAGCGGACGCACUUCUCACUCUCCGAGGAGGAGGAGAUGCGCCGCUUCGCGCAGUCCAUGAACGGCUCAACCUUUGCCCCGACCGGCUGCACGAUCCAGUUUCUCAUGGCGCUCGACGACGUCCCGGCCAUGCCCGAGUACGCGCCCCCGAGCAUCGUGUUUGGCGUCCCCGGCACGCACCAGGAGACGUCAGCCACCGCCCCGCCGGAGAAGCCGUUCAUGGGCGGCCACUUUGGCGCGCUGUCGAGCAAGGGCAUCUUUGUGGCAGCGCCGGGCAGCGGCGACGGCGCGGAGCAGCUUCCGGAUGAGAGGAAGCUGUCGGUACCAAACUCGAGGCUCUUCGUCGCGGAGGGCAUUGACGAGCAGAUGAAAGGCUUCGGCAAGAUGCCGACGUUUGCGGAGGCCGGUCUCAUGGCGCUGCUGCUGUAG